AUGGUGCAUAACCUAGGACCAUCGCCCUUUGGUCACCCCUUCUGGGAACCGUUCACAGGCGUGGGGGAACCCGCAAAGUGUUUGGACGAGUGGACGAUCAUAGAAAUGUCCAAAUUGAUCAGGGCCAAAAACGAUUGGAAGGUAAAGUACAGAGACGAAACCAUCGCCAGUCGGUGGAGAGCCGAACUCAGGGGGCGGUUCACAUCGCGGUUCGGAUCGAUGGACGAGUUGAUCGAGUAUGUUUUCCGGGAACUUGCCUGGUACGAGUAUGUAGAGCGUAAUUUUGAAGGGCUCAAGGAGUCUGGCUUUGUGAUUGGAUGCGACGAUAAAAUCGUCUGUAGUGACCGUGCUGUGCCUGCCGAUGUCCAGAACGGCUUGCGGGCCGAGGUGGAGCGGUUUGCCCAGGCUGAGUUUGGCAACACCCGCGAUUACCAUCCCGGCACCAGCAAGCAAGUGGUUGAUCUCGUGCACCCGUCUUUGUACCCGUUCCAAUACGGAGUGACCCCGCAGACGAGGACCAGGACACGGAAACAGAAACGGGGGCCCGCCGACACGCCGCCGGAACAAGAGGUGUUUGUUCUCGACUUCAGCGACCGCAUCGGCACGGUGAAGCAUGGUGUAGACGCCGCGGCCAUUUCCCGGAAAUACCAAUGGUUACCGGCGUUGAUGGACCGCAAACCGGGCCGUGGCGGGCCCGACGGAGACUCGCUAGAGCACUCGUACCACUUUGUGUCGUACAUCAACAAUUUGGACCCAGACAAGCACAGUCGUUUGUACGGACCCAUUGCAAGGGUGUUCAACUUGGCGCUUCCCGGCUUGAACUACACAUUGUCUCGGCUUGCCACCGGGUCGCCCCGGCGGAUCCGGCCGCCGUUGCGUUCCUACUACACCCAGGAAUACCACGACAAGUUGAGAGAGGUGCUUGCCGACGACGACAACGACGAAGAUGCAAUAGCGGCGUUUGUGCGGACAAAGCUAGCCUAUCUCAAGGAGCGGCCCUUGAGGUACACGAGGGACCAUCCGGUGAAUUACGACUUCGACCUCCGCAAGACGUUUGAAAAGUUGCGGGUGAUAGUCAAGCUUGCCAACAUCGAGCUAACGCCCGCCAGCCCAAGGUACAACGGCGGCUCGUGGCAUGUCGAGGGCACCGUCAACGAGGACAUCGUCGCCACCGUCGUGUACUACUACGACUCCAGCAACGUCACCGAGUCGCGGCUUUCCUUCAGAGGCGCCUUCGAGCCGCCUGCCCACGAACAGGACGACACAAUUGGAUGCGAGGCCAUCUUUGGCAUCAAGCACGGAGAAACCUUGACGAGGAUGGUUGGCGAUGUGGAGUGCAAGGAGGGCCGUGUGGUUGUUUUCCCCAAUUGGUUUCAGCAUCGGGUGGAACCGUUUGAGUUGGAAGACGCAACCAAAAGCGGACACAGAAAGAUUCUCUGCAUGCAUGUGUGUGACCCUUACAACGACAGGGUUGUCAGCACUGCGUCGGUGCCUCCUCAACAGAAGAGCUGGUACGAGGGCCCCCUUGCAGACAAAAUGCUGGCGAGCGGCAAAUUGGAGAAAAUCGUCGAGGUGACGGGAGAUACGUGGCCCAUUGGCUUGCACGAGAGCAGAACCGUACGAGAGGAGCUCAUGAAGGAGCGUUCAAUCGUACACAGUGAAGAAGGCUGGGGCCCGUUCUACCGCGAGUUUACCCUGUAUGAACAUUAG